AUGUCCUCUUCAAGCCCGCUUCCUCCUCUUUCACCCUCCCCGCUGGCUCAGUCACCAGAAUUUCUCCAAGACCAUACAGCGCUGGACUCUAGGCAGGGGAGUUCGUUAUUGGACUCCAUCCCUGAACUGACCACCAAACACGCCAUCUCUGAAGACGACAAAGUAGAAGCCUUGCACCUGCUCGCGGAUUCCGUGGCCCAACAACGUCAGGUGGCGGCCUCGGCCGUGCUUUUCCACCCUCUGACUCUCUCCACACUGAUAUUACUUUUCGGCUUGGUUCACCAGAGCCUCUACAAGGGAUCAAACUCGGACUAUGCAAUCAUCGGGACGACCUCUGCAGGAAUUCUGAUGGCUACGCUGAUCACCAUCCGCUGGAUGACCAGCGGGUAUAUUCAGGAGGCUGAGAAGAUCGGGACAUGGAAAUGGUUGAAUCAAGGACGUAACGAAAGUGAUUGCAGUGCAGUCGGCGAGGAAGACGAGGUUUUACUGACGUGGUUCGGCGACGAAGUCAUUGGCACUUUACUUCUACGUGGGCAGCGUGAGCCUCCUCCGUCAAGCUCGGGUAGUUCGAGUCCGAAGAAAUUACGCAAGAAUCAACACGUCAAAGGCGUCAUUCGCGGCUGGACCGUGAAACGUCGUUACAGACACAAGGGCAUUGGCCAGGGUCUGCUGGAGGAAGCGGUGCAACUGUGCCAGCGUAAAGGGUGGAGUGGGCCGGACUUCGCAGACGACCAUGCCAACAGUCGCCGCGUUCUUCCGCAAACGUUUCAAGGCGGAUUCGCCAAACGAGAACGGCUUGCCCGAGAGAUGCUGGAACGAGUCAAAGACGAGGCUGGCCAACCAGUCUCGGGUGGAGGCAGGAAGGGAAAGAGAUAG